AUGUGUUGUGCUCCUGGCGCGGCAAAAACGCCCAGGAAGGAAGAGAAGGUCGAGAGUCGACAGUCCGCGUUGUGUGCCAAAGUGCUCGGCACCCUUGCACGCGGCGGCCUUGCUGCCGACUGGCUGGGGAGUUCGUCCCUCUCUGGGGCGCGCCGGCAGAUUCCGCACUCUCGGAGCGCGGAUGGGGGCACGGCCCUAGGCCGCUCCGAGAAAACGGGGCGCGGCCUCGGGCUUCUUUUCACUGUCCACAACAUGCUACACCUCAGCAAAGCUGCGCGAGAGAACGCGAAGGAACGCGUCUGUUUCGCGAAAGAGUUUGCUUCUUCGCCCGAACACCGAGCGCACGCCGUCAAGUCCUCUCGUCGUACCCCGUGUGACUGGCCUCCGCCGCGGUCGCCGGCAGUCCGGUCACACAGCCGUGUGUUUCCCGUUCGCCGGCUGCGACGUCUUCUCCGUUCUCUCGACCUUCUGACGCGGCCGCCAUCUCUCGUGGAACUUCAGGGAUUCGGCCUCAAGACACACUUCGUGGUGCGAGAGCGGAGCUUUGCGCCUCGGUCCAUUUUCGCCAUGUCAGCCCGUCCAGGCCCCGUCCCAGGAGUCCGGUCUUCCGGACCGGAGUCGCGGCCACGGCCCAACUCCACGAGUGGCGAUCGACCGUCUUGCACAAAGAACGCGUCUGCACUUUUCCCGCGAAGUCGCCGGACACGUUCUCGACGGUCGACUCGCGGAAUUCCUCCGCGGAGACGCCGUCCCGGCCUCUGUCUCGCCUUCGUGCUGUGCGCCUGCGCACUCCUCGUCGCGCCGCGGGACCUCGUUCCGGCGGCGGCCGCGCACGCCGCACCCGCCUCGAUCGGUUCGAAAGCUUCUUCAAACGCCUCCUCCGCAACCACGACCACUACCACAGGCACGACCGCGUCGAUCGCGGGGUCCACCAGCGGCGCAUCGACUGAGAAGCCGAACUCGAGUACGGUUGGGCCGGCCUUGCCGGAGACCGCCGACUGGGUCUGUCGCAACGCGGACUCCGGCGGGGGCUGUGGCCCGUACUUUAACGCGCAACUCAACUCCGUCGGCGCGUACUGCCCCGCGGACGAGUGCUGCAGCAAAAACCGGAACGGAUGCACCAAGUUGCCGCUCCACUGCGAGUUCGCCAAUACCCAGUACUUGCCUGACUACUCGUACGGGAAGUGCACGGCCGCUGCGCAAUGCUGGCAGUGCGGCCCGAACGCGACUUGCCACACGGUGUCGGGCAAGAACGGCGGCGUCUACUGCGACUGUCCGCCGCCGUACGCCGGGAAGGGUGGAAACUGCACGUUGAAGGCGUGCGAGAACGCGAAUCCGUGCGGAGCGGGAACCUGCGUGCCGUCCGAGGAGGCGGACAAGUACACCUGCAAGUGCAACCCGGGAUUCACCCUCGUGGAAGCCUCGAGUGGGUCCGUGCCGCCGGUGUGCGUCGACGUCUGUUUGCUGAACAGCUGCGGCGAGGACGCAGCCGUGAAGAAGUGUGUCGCCGGCAGCGACGACUACAUGUGUCUCUGCAAUCCGGGCUACCGGCUGACGACGCUCGCGAACGGCAUCCAAAAGUGUUUGCCUUUUGACCCCUGCGACGUCAUGCCGUGCGGCCCAUCCGCGGCCGUGGAAAGCUGCACAGCCGACGGUUUGUCCUACAAGUGCACGUGCAAAUCCGGCUUCGUCCUGCGCUACACGGACCGCCAGGCCAUAUGCGUUGAAGAGCAGCGGUGCGUCGCCCCGUACUGCAGAGAAACGCCGCCGCCCGCGAUCAAGAUCCCGACGACAAGCACCACUACCACGUCGACGACGAAAACGAGUUCGUCGACGACGACGCGGACGACCACCGCUGCGGAGGCGGAAACCGACGUGGGCGUCAUCGUCGGCGCGACGGUCGGUUCGGUCUGCGGCUUCCUCGCGCUGGCGUGCCUCGUGUACUGCUUCGUGAGCUCGCGGAAAGCGAAACAAACCGAGGACCGCGACGAGACAGAACACCUCCUCCCCCGGACGCGAGAAGGCGCCUUCAACCAACUGAUCGACGACGAGGGUAACCCCGUCGAGGACUCCCUCGACGCAGAGUGGGAUAAUCGGAGGCGGAACCGCGAGAUCAGCAACGCAAGCAGCGCGAGUAGCGCAAGUAGCUCAAGUAGCGCGAGCAGCUCAAGUAGCGCCAGCAGCUCAAGUAGCGCCAGCAGGUUCUCGAGCCGUGAUUCGAAACGAGACAGCGUGAGCACGCGUCGAAGCAGCAGCAGUUCGUCGAUGCAGAGCUCGCUUCCAUGA